CAAUUGGCGGUCCAUGCUCUAUGCGUCGACCCGGUCAACACUGGUAUCGAUGGUUUGGUGAUAAGAACCACAGACGGCGCGUGAUAUCUGAUAAGGAGAAGAAUCACAAUUUAAAAUUCGAAUAAAAUAUAUUUUGAAUUUAAAAUUUUUAAGUACUGACUAUCAGAGACGGUGUUCGUUGCAGGUACACAGAAAAGAAUAAAAGAUAAUUCAGAGCCGCCAACGCCACUAAUACCCCACACAACUACGGGGCCGUGAACAGUCUUCAUCCCGUGCGAUGGAAGACUCAAUAUUUCAACUAUUUAUUGUUGGUGUUUUAUGGGGCAGCACAAACCCAUUUCUGAAAGCUGCAACUAAUAAAGUAAAAAGAAAUAAGACAUUUAAUAUAAUUUCAGAAGUCAUUAAUCAUGUAACCAAUUGGCAUUAUAUGAUACCAUUUAUUAUCAACCAAUGUGGUUCUUUGUUGUUCUAUUUCACUUUAAAAUAUUCAGACAUAUCUUUGGCUGUUCCUAUUGCAAAUGGAGUUUCAUUUGUGAGUACAUCAAUAGUAGGCACCUUGAUUGGAGAAGAAAAGCCAAAAUUUAGAACAAUGGUUGGAAUACUAUUUUUACUAUUUGGUAUUUUUUGUCUAAUUAUAGAUAAGAAAAUAUGAACUAUUAUUUAUUAUUUAUUUAUUUUUUUUUUUUUUAAAUAAAAAACAACAACAAAUACAUGUGACUAGGUUAUAACAUUGAAUGUAGGAGUAUACACUAUAACUAUAAAGUAUAUUAUAA